AUGUUCGUGUAUAAGAGAGACGGACGUCAAGAACCAGUCAAAUUUGACAAAAUCACAGCUCGUAUCUCACGUUUAUGCUAUGGAUUGGACCCCAAUCACAUCGACGCCGUGAAGAUCACGCAGCGGAUCAUCUCUGGUGUGUACGAGGGUGUCACAACCGUUGAGUUGGACAACCUCGCCGCAGAAACUUGCGCGUACAUGACCACAAUCCACCCUGAUUACGCCACUUUGGCGGCCAGAAUUGCCAUCUCGAACUUGCACAAACAGACAACGAAGCAGUUCUCACAGGUAAUAAGCGAUUUGUUCCACUACGUGAACCCCAAGAACGGGGUUCACUCGCCCAUGAUCUCGCAGGAAGUUUUCGACAUCGUCCAGGAAAACAAAGACGAGCUUAACUCAGCAAUCGUCUACGACCGCGAUUUCCAGUACAACUACUUUGGGUUCAAGACUUUGGAACGUUCGUACCUUCUCAGAAUUAACGGCCAAGUCGCCGAAAGACCACAGCAUCUGAUCAUGCGUGUGUCUGUGGGUAUUCACGGCAGCAAUAUUGCUAAGGUGCUGGAAACUUACAACUUGAUGUCGUUGAAAUACUUCACUCACGCAUCUCCAACGUUGUUCAAUGCCGGUACUCCCCACCCACAGAUGUCUUCAUGCUUCUUGGUGGCUAUGAAGGAUGACUCCAUCGACGGAAUUUACGACACCUUGAAGGAAUGUGCUAUGAUCUCCAAGACUGCUGGCGGUAUCGGAUUGCACAUCCACAACAUUCGUUCGACUGGGUCCUACAUUGCCGGCACCAACGGUACCUCGAACGGUCUAAUUCCUAUGAUCCGUGUCUUCAACAACACUGCUCGUUACGUCGACCAGGGUGGUAACAAGAGACCCGGUGCUUUUGCAUUGUACCUUGAGCCAUGGCAUUCCGACAUCUUCGACUUUGUCGACAUUCGGAAAAAUCACGGUAAGGAAGAAAUCCGCGCCAGAGAUCUGUUCCCAGCUCUGUGGAUCCCAGAUUUGUUCAUGCAAAGGGUUCAGGAGAAUGGUGACUGGACACUUUUCUCCCCCAGUGAGGCUCCCGGGCUUGCUGAUGUUUACGGUGAUGAAUUUGAGGCUCUGUACGAGCGCUACGUUCAAGAAGGCCGUGGAAGGAAAACAAUCAAGGCCCAAAAGCUUUGGUAUGCUAUUUUGGAGGCCCAAACUGAGACAGGAACUCCUUUCAUGCUUUACAAGGAUGCUUGCAACCGUAAAUCCAACCAGAAAAAUUUGGGUGUCAUCAAGUCUUCCAACUUGUGUUGCGAAAUUGUCGAGUACUCUGCUCCCGAUGAAACUGCUGUCUGUAACUUGGCCUCAGUAUCACUACCCGCUUUCGUCGAAACUUCGGAGGAUGGUAAGACUCAAUGGUACAACUUCGAAAAGCUACAUGAUAUCACCAAAGUGGUCACAUACAAUUUAAAUCAGAUCAUCGACCGCAACUACUACCCAGUGGAAACAGCCAGAAACUCGAACAUGAGACACAGACCCAUUGCUCUUGGCGUACAAGGUUUGGCUGAUGCCUUUAUGGUUUUGCGUAUUCCAUUUGACUCUCAAAAGGCUAAGGAGCUCAACGUCCAAAUCUUCGAGACCAUUUAUCACGCCGCUUUGGAAGCCUCUCACGAGCUGGCUGUGAAAGAAGGUGCAUAUCAAUCCUUUGCAGGAUCUCCAGCUUCCCAAGGUAUUCUGCAAUUUGACAUGUGGGACAAAGUGCCUACCGACUUGUGGAACUGGGAUACUCUCAAGAAAAACAUCCAAAAGGAUGGUUUGAGAAACUCUCUGCUUGUCGCUCCUAUGCCAACCGCCUCCACAUCUCAAAUUUUGGGUAAUAACGAGUGUUUCGAACCUUACACCUCUAACAUGUACUCGCGUCGUGUCUUGUCGGGCGAAUUUCAAAUUGUAAACCCAUACUUGCUACGUGACUUGGUGGACCUUGGUAUCUGGGAUGAUGCUAUGAAGUCUCAUAUCAUUUCUGACAAUGGUUCCAUUCAGAAUCUACCAAACAUUCCACAGGAGUUGAAAGAUCUGUACAAGACCGUUUGGGAACUUUCUCAGAAGAACAUCAUCGAGAUGGCAGCUGACCGUGCUUGCUACAUCGAUCAAUCCCAAUCGCUGAAUAUCCACAUUCGUGCUCCAACCAUGGGCAAGCUGACAAGCAUGCAUUUCUACGGCUGGAAGAGAGGUUUGAAAACUGGUAUGUACUACCUGAGGACCCAAGCCGCGUCUGCUGCUAUUCAGUUUACCAUUGACAAAUCCGUGGCUUCUAAAGCUGGUAACUCGACCGCCGACUUGAGCAACUUGAAGAGACCAUUGUACGUUCCACGCAAAACCAAUUUCAGCGAAGGUGCUGCUGAAAUUCAGACUCUUGGGGCUACCAGAGAAACGACGGAGUCUUCUCCCACGCCCUCUAGAGAGUCUUCUCUCGCCAACAGUGUAGCGUCUCUCAAAAUUGAUGACAGCAAGUCCGUGACACCUGUCACCGCGAACACCAAGGUUUCCAAUGUCGAGGAGAAUUCCAAGCCAGAAGAGUCGAAUUCAGAGCAAUUUGACAUCUACAACUCAAAGGUUAUAGCUUGCGCCAUCGACAACCCUGGUGCUUGCGAAAUGUGUUCCGGUUAG